AUGGCGCCAGCGAAGAAGGCAGGAGCCACGCACGGUCGCAAGACUGCUGCCGCUGCAGCGAACAAGACAGCCGACAAGGUCACCAAACCGCCCGCGAAGCCUUCGGCGCGUCGCACCAGCAGGCGCGUUGCCGCUGCCAUCGAGGAGUCCCUCUUGGAGGAAGAAGUGCCCAAGGCAGUCUUGACGGAGAAGGCGGGCAAUUCAAAGGCAAAUGCAAAGGCGAAGGCGCCCGCGCGCGGACAGAAGCGCGCCGCUGCCGCAGAAAAAAACGACAAUGACGACGACUUCGAUAUGCACGACGCGCCUGAAGAACCCCUCGUCAUACCGCCAGCCAGCGACACAAAUACAAAGUCCAAGACAACUCGCGGCCGCCCCAAGAAGGCGGCUGUGGUUGAGAUUCCCGACUCGGCCACGCGACAGGAGCCUAAGAAGGAUAUGGGUCGCGCCCUGAGGGGCAGAAAGGCUACCGAAACGAAAACAGUGGCGCCUAUCGUCGAAGAGGAGGACUUGAUAAUGGUCCAGGAAGAUAUCGAGAUUCCAGAAACGCAGCAGCCGACUGGGGCGGGAGAUUUCAACGGUGACGAUUUGGAUGAUCUCAUGGCCCACCGCUCCUCUCCCCCGGUUGAGAGCGGCCGACGCGCCCCUGCCGCCACGUCAAGCAUGUCGAGGAGGCCGCCGUAUACGUCUUCGGCAGACAACGGCGACCCGGCGCUGCGGCGGCGGCUGGGCGAAAUGACACAGAAGUAUGAGAGCCUUGAGCAGAAAUACCACGACCUGCGCGACGUUGCCGUGCGCGAAGCCGAGCGUAACUUUGACCGACUUAAGGCCCAAGGCGAAGAUAAAUCCAAAGCUGCCGACAAACUCAUCGCGAGUCUCAAGAGCGACCUGGCCGCGCAGAAAGAAGUGGCAAAGGAAGCCCAGCGUCUCCGCAGGCAGCUCGAGGCGAGUGAGGCCAAGGUUAGUGUUCUGCAGGCCCAGAUCACCGAGCACGGGCUGCAGCUGUCGGAGGCGCGGACCGAGAUCAAGGCGCUGAACAUGCGGCUGACGGCGUCGCGCACGGCCGAGGCGGCGGCGGCGGCCAAGAACGCCUCCAUCGUGCCGGGCAGCGCCAUGAAGGGCGGCAACGGCUCAUCGCGCAUGAUCAUGGGCGCGUCCGAGGCCGUCCAGCACGCCACGCUGGCCGCCCAGAUGAAGGAGGACCUGUACGGCGACCUGACAGGCCUGAUUGUGCGCAGCGUCAAGCGCGACGGCGGCGAGGAUGUCUACGACUGCAUCCAGACUGGCCGGAACGGAACCCUCCACUUCAAGCUCGCCAUCGCCACCGACGCCCCCACCGACUCGUACGACGAGGCCCAGUUCCUCUACAUGCCGCAGCUCGACGCCAACCGCGACCGCGCCCUGAUCGACAUGCUGCCCGACUACCUGGUCGAGGAGAUCUCGUUCCCGCGCCCCCACGCCGCCAAGUUCUACGCGCGCGUCACCAAGGCCCUGACGGAGAGCAGCUGA